AAAAUUGCUUGAAUUUGAUCAUCAAGCAUAUCACGCGUACGCAUUAUAUUCGUGUGUGUAGAUUUUACAGUGAAGUUCUUUGUCGAAAGCGCGGUUUUCUCGUAACCUCGGAAAUGGGCGGUAAUUCUCGAAGAGGUGAAUUUGUAGAUGAUUGAUCGUGGAACAACGCAAGACAGUCGCUCGAUUGUUGCCGUGUCGCUGAUUAAAUUUUAAUUUAAUUCGUAUGUUGCUUUCUUCCUUUUUUCUAUCUCAGCUAACCACAAUCUUGCAUCCUGAUCAUGCCGAAGAGAAAAAUCAAGACAAUUACGGAAGAGCUUGCUUACCGCGAAAAAUAUUUUCAUGAUAUUAGAGUUAUUAAAGAUACAGAUAUAACAUGUACUUCCUGUGGUGAUGAAUUGAAUGUUGAUACAAAGCAAAUCUUUUCUCAUCCUCUGAUUGGAAUACUACAGUGUGAGACAUGCUGGAAUCACAUUAAGAAAAUAGAGGUGAAAUUUUAUGAAGAUAAAACUGAGACGUGUUAUAUAUGUGGCAACAGCAAGAAAUUAUACGUGUGCUCUAUUGAAGACUGUUACUCGGCAUUUUGCAAGGGAUGUAUAAAGAGGAACGUGAGUUUGUCAUUGUUGGAUGCAGAAAAGAGAGAUUGGAAAUGUUUUAUAUGUAAUCCUAAACCUAUUUGGAACCUGAGAGCUAUAUGCGCUGUUAUAAUGAAUUCUCUUUGCAAAAAGGGUAACAGGAGAAGCAAGAGUGAAAAACAUAUUUUGCCAUCUCAGGUACAACGAAUAGAAAAAACGAAAGAAAUACAAAAAGUUUUGCAAACGAUAUGCGACAAAGAGGACGACGAUAAUGAUAAUCCAAGAAAUUAUGUUUCGAUAUUCAUGCGAAAAGCGGAUAAAAAUCGGCAAGAAAGAAUAUCGGAGGAAGAUCUGACAGAUUCGAACAGUGAGGAUUCCUUGUUAUCAUCUAAAGACAACAAAAAAGGUAAAAGCAAAGAUAAAAAAUCAAGAUCUGCACGAAGUGGUUCUAUCCCGAGACGUUCAAGGUUAAAAGAAAAGAUUGGAUCAAGAAAAAACCAAAUAUCCAGCGAUGAUGAUUCUACCGAUACGUUGAUGAAUAAAAUAACGAGAUCUAAUUGCGAUUGUGUGCACCUUUCUGAUAAUGAAAGUGACGAGUAUGACGCCACAAGCAAAAUAUCGAAGAGAAUUUCAAAAAAUACUAGACAACAAAAAGAAAAAGCUAAUACAAAAUCGAAGGACAUGAAGAAGCGGUGUGACUCCACUAGUGAAUCUGAAGACGAAGUCAAAUAUAAAACGCGAAGUACAAAACGUUCUACGAAUCGUGCAACAUCGCACAGUAGUAUCGAUGAACCAAAACAUAAUGAAUUGUCAAAAAAGCGAUUGUCUAUCUCCCGGAUCCCGGAAGAUGAUUCGGAUAACAGUUCUAGCAAUAGUUCUAGCAAAGAGUUUCAGAAAAUAAAACUUCAAAAAGUGAAUCGCGACAAAUAUUCCAAGAGGCAGUUGGCAGAUUUAGAAAUAGAUCAUACUAAGUCACCCUGUGAGAAAAAUUCUGCGAAUGAUAAGUGCGAGGAAGAUGGUAAACAAUCAAAGAAUUUUAACGAUGUAAAAAAAAUUUUAAAGGAAUGUAAACAGAUAUGUUCGAAUUUUCUGAUACAUAUAGAAACUAUAGAACAAUUAUAUAGUAAGCAGAAUGAAGAACAAUUGAUAUUGAAGUCUACAGAAAAAAUUAAUAAGUUGAAGACAGUAAUAGAGAAAAAACAAACGGAUUUGAUAACCUGUUAUCGAUCAUGGUCUAAGAAUAGAAAAAAAUCUGGUACAAAGAAAUCAAGCAAGGUAGUUAGUAAUAACGAGGAAUCUUUGCAAGAACAUGAAAAAUGCAUCUCUAAUGACAAUCAAGACGUGAAUAAAGAUGUGUCUGAAUGUGACAGCGAAGAAAUAUUUUCAGCGGACGAAACAAAAUCACCGCAAAAGACGCAAGUGACUCGGCAGGUAGAUGCGUCAAAGAAGAAAAACAUAAAUGGAAUUAACAUUGAUGAUGAAGACAGACCAAAAGAUAAUGACGAAAACAGCGUGGAAAAUAAUUUGGCCAGUUCUCCGGUGUUGAAUCCUUGCAAAAAAAAGAAAAUUAGUACAGAACAGUCAAAUAAAAAGCACUUGUUUUCAGAAUGUGAUAAGAGUAACAAUGAGGAACAAUUAACGGAUGCAAAUACUAAUACUAACGAUAAGCAACUGAACUUAAAUACUGAUAUCCAUAAUAAUGAAAUCGAGAUUGAAGAUUCUCCCUUGAGACAUGGCAGCAAGGAAAUGACAUUAGAAAAUGAAAGAGAUAAAUCUUAUGAAAAGGAUAUACUCGACGAGUCGAUAGAUAUGUUUGACGUGUCUUUCGAUGUUCCCGAAAAUGUAGAAGAAAAUAGAACAGAAAAAGAAACGGAUGUAGAAACGAAUCAUGAUAAAAGAAAGUAUACAUCUAUAGAUGAAAAUUUAGAUACUUGUCAGAAUUCUUUGCAAGAUGAAGUUUCACAUAAAAGAAAGAGUAAAUCUCUUUCGUUUCAUAAUAAUGAAGAAGAGAGAGAUUCAUUAGAUCAAAAUACAGUUGCGCCUGUAUUUGCAACCAAUGAGGAAGUUCAAGAUAACUCGAAAACAUCUCAAAAAACGAAUGUUGAUGACAAUGAAUCUCUCGAUGAUGCUGAAGCAUUGGCGAAGAAAGCUCUGUUAGAGACAGAUUCCGAUUUGUCGCCAAUUGGAAACAUAACUGAACAAAUUGAAGAUCCGACUACAAAUGAUAUUAAUCUAACUAAAAAGAACAACGAUGCGGAGGAUAACGAUUUUGAUGUCAAUAGCGUUAGUACAAUAAUAUUUUCGGCACUUGAAAAUAAAACGAAUGAAAAUAUUGAAAAGGAUGUUGUCGAUGAAAUCGAAACUGAAAUAACGAAGAAAAGUAUUGAUAAAUUAGAUAAGAAAUCUCAUCAAGAACUGAAUUCAUCGGAUGAGGAUGCUAAGGCAGAGAAAGCUGCCAAGAAAGCUCUUUUAGAAUCAAAUUCAGAUGAUUCUACAGUUUUGUCGACGGAAUCGGGAAAGGUUAUUGACAAAAAAUCUGAAACAGAUUCUUCUGAAAAGAAUGCCAAAGCGAAACUGGCACUCUUAGCAUCAUCCAAUAGUGAAAGCUCCACUUCUGAAUCUAUUUCAUCCGAAAAGACAAGCGUGUCGAUGAGUACAAAAAAUAUUAAACAUAAUCAUGAAUCUGAAAGUGAUGAAGAAUCUAUAAUUUCCAAGUUGAAAAGGAGAAGACUCCAUCUUGACCAAAAUCCCUACUACAAAAAAGAUAAAAAACUGAGAAUGUUCUGUAUAGUCCAUGUAAAACGAUUAAGCAAAGAAGUUCUUAAACGCCAUUCACGAGCAUUAAGAAUGUCAAGAGAGUAUCUGGAACAGAAAGCACUGAAAAGUCUCGUUAAUCUGGAUAAACUUGAAAAAAAACGUAAGAAAAAUACUAAAAAAGAUUCCAAUUCAUCGACGGAUGAUGACUCGUCCUCAAAAAUUUCGAAAAAUGCAAAUAAACGAAAAGGAAAAGUAAAGGAUAAACAAGAAUCUUUGAUGGAUCAUUUGAAAAGAAUAGAAAACGGUGAUGUCUUGGAAACUAUAGAAAUGGAUUCUGAUUCCGAAGAAUCGGUUCAUCAUAAAAAAGUAGAUGAUCUGCCCAUGUCUAAUGAAGCUCUGAUAUCAGAAGCAGAUAAAAUCGCGAAAGAGAAUCUAUUAAAUUCCUCUGAUUCAAACGAAAAAGAAAUAGUAAUAGACAGCGAUGACAGCGUAAACAAAGAUAAUAAAGAUGAAGAAACAGAAAAGAAGAAAACAAAAUAUCAAAAGGAGUCUGAAGAGAAAACUUCAAAACAAGGCAAGAAAGAAAAUAGCGAUUGGAGGCGAGAUAAAUUAUUGACAAUGAAAUUGUCCGACACCGAUUCUGAGAUCGAACAAAAAAAAUGGGAGAAGAAACAAGAAAAAAUGGAAAAUGAAUCGAAAAAAAAUAAUAGCGAUUCAGAUGACGAAGAAAAAUCCUUAAAAACUAACAAGAAGAAAAAGAAAACUAGGCGAAGAAUCAUAGAUUCGGAUUCAGAUGUAAAAAUAACGGAUUGCAGUUCAGAUUCUGAGUUCAAAGUUUCAAGUGCCAAAGAAAAUUCAUCCGACUCAGAUAAUACGAAGAAAGAAAAAGAGAAACGACGGAAGAGGCGCAAACGUGAUAGCAAUUCAUCAGAUACAGAUUCUUCAGAAAAAAAGUCAAAACCGAAAAGAAAACGCAUCAAGAAAAUGGCAUCUGAUAGUGAUAGCAGUGACGCAGAAAUAAAAAAUUCGCAAGGAUCCACGCCCGGUAAAAGCGGUCGAAAAAAUAUACGAAAAGUUCUGAAGGAUAAGCAAGUAGCGGAGGAUACAAAACUAGCUGCUAAGGAAGAGGAGGAGAGACUGAAACGUAUCGCUGAACGCCAAGCUGUGUACAAUGAAAUGUAUGAGAUAAGACUCGCUGGCGAAGAGAAAGUAGAUAAGCUCGUUUUAGACUUUGAUACAGAGACGAAGAAAGAACUCGUCACCGUGCAUGAAGAAUUGGUAAAGCGUCUAAAACCGCAUCAAGCGCAAGGCAUUAAGUUUAUGUGGGAUGCUUGCUUUGAAUCUCUAGAAAGAACGAAGACUACAUCUGGAUCCGGAUGUAUAAUCGCACAUUGUAUGGGUUUGGGCAAAACAUUGCAAGUAGUAACUCUAACAUAUACGCUUCUUACUCAUGAAGAAACGGGUGUUAAGACAGUACUGAUAGUUUGUCCGUUGAGCACAGUACUCAAUUGGCUAAAUGAGUACAAUACGUGGCUAAAAGAUUUAGAUGAUGAUAUUCACGUAUAUGAAUUAACAAAAUUUAGGAAGAAUUUUGAGAGAAAGUGUCAGCUGCAGAGGUGGCAAAAGACUGGCGGUGUGCUGAUUAUUGGCUAUGAAAUGUUUCGUAAUCUUACGGGUUCGAGUAGAAAUAUUCGGAAAGGUAUGAAAGAAGUGAUAUUGGAAUGCUUAGUUAAUCCAGGUGCCGAUCUUGUUGUUUGUGAUGAAGGCCAUUUAUUGAAAAACGAAGACACUGCGUUAAGUAAAUGUAUGAGAAGCGUAAAAACUAUGAGACGGAUAGUACUUACUGGAACACCACUGCAAAAUAAUUUAAUAGAAUAUCACUGUAUGGUGCAAUUUGUAAAGCCCAAUUUGCUAGGUACAAAGAAAGAAUUCUUAAACAGAUUUGUAAAUCCGAUAACAAAUGGCCAAUUUGAUGAUUCUACCGCUUAUGACGUUAAAUUGAUGAAAAAACGUGCACAUGUGUUGCACAAAAUGUUAGAGGGUAGUGUACAGAGAUUCGAUUACUCUGUGCUUACACCGUUCUUACCACCUAAACAGGAAUACGUUAUUUUUGUCAGAUUAACAAAGACGCAAAUUGAAAUGUAUCAAUAUUAUCUAGAAAAUCUUGCCAGACGCCAAGGAGGUCAAGGAGGAACUCUUUUCGCAGAUUUUCAAGCAUUACAAAGAAUCUGGACGCAUCCUGUAGUCUUACGUCUAAACGCAGAGAAAAUAGAAAAAGCAAAUGAGAAGAAGUUACUUACCGAGUCAGAGGGUUCAUUAAAAGAUUUCAUUAAUGACGACACUACCGAUGUUGACAGUGAUAGUUCAAAUAAUUCCAGUAGUGAUAGUGACGUUCAAGCUGUCGAUGAAGAAAAUACAAAUGUUUCAAAACGUAGGACAAGAAAUAAUCCUGGUGAAUCAGAAGAAUCAGAGGAAGAGGUUAAAAAAGAAGAAAAAGAAGAAUGGUGGUCGCAGUUUGUACAAUCUGAACAUUUUGAAGAUAUUCGAGUGUCCGCUAAAUUAUUACUACUUUUUGGAAUUCUAAAAGAGAGUGAACAGAUCGGUGAUAAAGUGCUCGUAUUUUCGCAAUCUCUAUAUUCUCUCACUUUAAUUGAGGAAUUUUUAAAAAGAAUAGACGACCAGACUCAAGAAGGUACAACCAAUGACGCCCUAGAUAAUCAUACCGGAAAUUGGCAGUUAGGUCUCGAUUAUUUUCGAUUGGACGGUCAAACUUCAGCCGAAAAUCGAAGUAUAUGGUGUAAAAUAUUUAACAAACCUACCAAUACGAGGGCGAGAUUGUUCCUUAUAUCCACGCGCGCCGGAGGAUUGGGAAUAAACUUAACUGCGGCAAAUCGAGUGAUUAUAUUCGACGCUAGUUGGAAUCCCUCUCAUGACGUGCAAAGCAUAUUUCGGAUAUAUAGAUUUGGGCAAAAGAAACCGUGUUAUGUAUAUCGGUUUUUGGCGGCGGGAACAAUGGAGGAAAAGAUUUAUAAUCGCCAAGUUACAAAACUCUCGCUCUCGUGCCGAGUCGUGGAUGAACAACAGAUUGAACGACAUUAUAGUAAUCACAAUCUAAACGAGUUGUAUACGUUUGAGCCGUAUAGCGAUGAGGAAAAACCCACGUUAAAUUUACCUAAAGAUAGAUUGUUAGCAGAGAUAUUUUUGAAGUACAAGGAUUUGGUAGAAAAUUACCACGAGCAUGAUUCUCUACUGGAGAAUAAGGCUGAAGAGGAAUUAGAUGAGGAAGAACGCAAACAGGCCUGGUUGGAAUAUGAAGAGGAGAAGAAGGGAAGACCAUUAAUAAAUCCGAUAAAUACAGCUUAUCAAAAUAACAUGCUCCUACAACAGCAGUACAUGAUGAAUCUUGUACAGUCUAACAUGGUACCUCAAAAUAUGUCUUUGCAAAACGAGUAUGAAAAUCUUCAAAAUCUUAUUCGUAAAGACUAUCCUAAUGCAACGCCGGAACAACAAAAACUGAUAGCUAAUCGAGCUUUAAUGGAAAUGUAUACUUACUGGGAGAAGCAAGCCGCAGUGUACAAUAAACAAUCUGUACAACCAAUACGACAUCCAGCAGUUAUGUCGAAUUUUCAAAGACCGCAAACUCCGAAUUUUCAACAAAGACCACAAGUUCUAAACAACAGCAAUAUACAUCAACAAAAUUCACAGCUUCAGUUUCUUUUGGGGCAAUCGACAAAUUAUGCGAACAAACCUGUGCAGUCGAAUAGUGCACAAAUAGGAGAGGUAGUUCCAAACCUAUUUACAUAUCAAAAUGCUCCAGCUCCAUCUGCUGUAUCUAAUAAUGCAGGUGGAAACAUGGACCAAGAUGUAAUAGAGGUCCCCACUGUAAGUAAUACAGCUGUAACACGACAGAGCGGGAUGAAUAGCGCACAAGUAGCUGCACAACCAAUUGAUAACAGUAAAAUUCAGGAGGAGUAAGCUUUCUAUAUGAAUAUUUUGUAUGAAUUAUUAUUAUCUUGUGCGAUAAUGUUACUGGUAAGUUGAUAUAAAUCUUGAUUGAGAGAGACACAUAACAUUCAAA